AGAUCUUUUUUUUCAUGCUCCUCUUCGUUUUUUCCACGUGAACGCGGAAGUGGGUGACGCGCCUACACACGCAGCUGCUCUGUGGUGCUCGACCACCGUGCGACUGACGUGAAUUUCUUACAACAUCACUGCCACGCACGAACCGCGACGCCCAGUGUCCUCUUUGGACUUUGUGACGACAAAAGAAGGACCGUGCGCGACGACCUCCGGAACGCCGAGGAAGAGGCGAGGAGGAAGGCUGCGUUCGUGUCGGUUUGUCGGUCCAUCGGUUCCGGACGAAGGGACGCUAGUGAUGGGAUAUUAAUCGAGUAUCUCCGUGGGAAAUAAAGGAAGACAUCUGUGGAUCUUAAAUGCGGCUUGUAGGAGACACUCGCAUGGGUGCACAUGGCAAGUGGAGGACCCAUGUCGGCAGAACCUAUCUCAGGUCUGAUCUGUCAGAGCGCGGCUGAGCAGAACGCCGGGGAAGACGGGGACGCCAUCGACCCUGGCAAGGAUUUGAAACGGGGAAGACUUGCACUAAAGGGCAAGGGGGAGCUCUCUGAAAUUGCUUCUCCAGUCUAUCAAAAGCAGAAUUCCAUCCAUAGGGCGUGGCAGUCGCAAACCAUCAUGCCCGUUGAUUUGGCAUUGGGACAAGAAGCGAGCCUGUGAGCGUCCCACCCCACGUUGGUCCCUUCCCGGCCGGCCUCGGCCACUUCUGCUGGGAUGAACAUGCCACUGUACCAAAUUUCUGCCAUCCCCAACUCGUCGCGGCUGUCGGGCGGCGGAGGAGCCGGUAAAGCUAAAGACAAGGACAAACAGAAUGAAAAACCUCUGGGCCAUUCGGCGAGCAGAUCCAGCAAUAUAUCAAAGGCCGGCAGUCCCACUUCAGUCAACGCGCCGUGCAGCUUGUCCAGAACGUCGGUUUCACCCUCCAGCCAAGACAUCUGCAGCAGUGCAGAUGAGGAGCGUCAGAAGCAGACCGCAGUGGUUCUCUUGGCUCCUAACGGUAAAAGCUCGGAAGGUCGCUGCGGUGUCACGGUGACCACCGUCUGCACGGACACGCCGCCCGCCUCCAAACAGCGGGAUUGGCUCUCACUGCUGCGACCCACCUUGGGCGGGGCGGGCCACCCCCACGGCCCGCUCCGUUUCUCUGCGUCGCUCAACGACGUGGGCCAGGGCGUGGACGGCCUGUGUCGCGGGCUGCACUUUAUCGACCGCACCUACUCCGAGAGCGAGCUGGAGACCAAAGCCGGGGACGCCGCCCAGCCUCUAGACGACUCUGAACUGAGGACGGUGGACCCCGGAGUCAACGGCGGUCCAAAGCUGAGUCGGGACGUCUCGGCGCACACCCACCUGGUCCCUUCCUUUACCAACAAGUACAUGCUGAGCCCCUCCGUCCCUCCACCGCCACCUCCUCCUGUUCCUGAUCACCUCCACCCCUCCCCCAGCGCCAACUUCCUCCGCCUUCUCCUCCCCUUCUCCCGAUCGUCAACCGCGUCGAGCCUGCCAAAGUCCUCCAGCGCCAUCAUGGAAGGCAGCGAGUUGGAGUUUGCCCCCGAGGAGAUGGCGAAGAGCAUUCAUUUGGCGCCGCUUUGCUACAUGGACGAGGACAACGACCUGGACCGCUGCCCGUCCCCUAUGUCGGAGAAAACGGAACCGAUGUCGCCCUUUUCGCUGGCAGGCGACUGUUGCAGGAUCUGUCACUGUGAAGGAGACGACGAGAGCCCGCUGAUUACGCCGUGCCACUGCACGGGCAGCCUGCGCUUUGUGCACCAGUCGUGUCUGCAGCAGUGGAUCAAGAGCUCGGACACGCGCUGCUGCGAGCUCUGCAAGUACGAGUUCAUCAUGGAGACUAAGCUCAAGCCUCUGCGCAAGUGGGAGAAACUUCAGAUGACAGCGAGCGAGCGGCGGAAGAUCAUGUGCUCGGUCACUUUCCACGUCAUCGCCAUCACGUGCGUGGUGUGGUCGCUCUACGUGCUCAUCGACAGGACGGCGGAUGAAAUCAAACAAGGCAUUAUGGAGUGGCCCUUCUGGACCAAGUUGGUGGUGGUGGCCAUCGGCUUCACUGGCGGCCUGGUGUUCAUGUACGUGCAGUGUAAAGUCUACGUCCACCUGUGGAGGAGACUCAAGGCCUACAACCGCGUCAUCUACGUGCAGAACCGGCCGGACUCGUGUAAAAAACUGGCUCUGGAGAAGCCACCGCUCUUGGAGCCCAGCGUGGACCACAAGGACACGCUGGCCCCCGCCCAUUCCGACACCAACUCCUCGCACUAUACAGAGACAGAAGGCUACAGUAUGGAGGUGCUCCACGUGUGACAUGAAGGUAUUGAACAGGGAUCUCAACUGAUUCAUUAGCAUUGAUCCACAGAGACGGACGAUGGUGCAGAGUUCUUGCCUCUUUGUUAGGGUGCUGGUUUUAGGGAACUCAAAACUGGGCACACAAACAUAAAUUGUGUGACAGAUUAUCGGGAAUUUUUCAGUCAAGUCAAGUUUGAUAGAAAGAUGAGAACACACACACUUUUACCAUAGUAAAUGUUCCAUUUAUAAAAAUAGCCACCAUAAGUCAGAGUCGACUUUGCUGCCGUAAUAAGCGAGGGGGUUAUUCUAUUUUCUAUCAAAAUGUUCCCACAAAAAAAAGUCUACUACUUGAAAAUGUCAACAUUUCUGCCAUACAUUCAUAGAAAGAUGAGAAACACAAUCGAUUAAAGUGAGAUCAAGCAGAAUAACAAGAACACACACACAAUUGAGUUUUGAGAGGUAAUUUAAGUCUCGGACAAAAAUGUCAUGGAUCUGUGAUGUCACUGGGUCCACCAGAUCCCAGUCCACCAUCCACGUGGAUGACAAAAGGCUAACAUCUGAAGAACAUAAAAACUUUUAACCAGGAUGUGAUUUCCCUUUUUCUUUUGGGGAGGAAAAAAAAAAACCAUCCAAACUUUAUGAAGCGAAUGUACACUUUUUUUGGUAAACACAAAACCUAAAAAAAAAAAAAAUGUUUUCUAUGUCUUUGAACUUAUUGUGUCAACUUUCUACGUUCGAGUUCAGGAGUGUGCGUUAAUUUUUGGCAGCAACGCGAGUGUCGUCACGUAUUCUCCAAUGGCUUGUUGUGAUUGGUCGAGGAGUUGUUUUCAAACAUUGUUCUCUCCAGCAUGAACAUGUAAGAAGAGCCUCAACCUUUCAAAAACAGCCUCGGGAAAAUACAUCCGGACACUCGCGUUAACAUGUUGCCAUAUUCCAAUACUGUAAUUUAUUUUCCUGGGGAAAUCCACCGCUGCGAUGUCUGCUCUCCACAUGGCGCCCAAAUAAUUAAAUUUGCUAAGAUUUUUUUAGGCUAAUUGAUAAAUAUGUUCUUUAGCACUUUAUAAAUGGAAGGAAAAAAUUGGCCGAAUUUUCUAAAUGUCUGCUAUAUAUUUUGGUCAAACAAUAAAAAAAAUUUAAUUAAUUUUUUUGUUUGUUUUUGUUGGUCACCAGUAAAAUUAAAACGCCUCCCCUCAAAUAUCUUCCCACUCCUUUUAGUAGUCACCCAUCCAAACUGGGUUCCCUUUAGCGCCCUCCGGUGGGGGGGAGGCUGACAUUGCAGAAAGAUGGCGGUUGAUUUCUCAAGGCAACUAGUUUGGGUUUUUUUUCUUGAAGGGAGGGGGGGGGUUAAGACCUUCAUAACCAUUCCACACACAAAAGAUAUUUUUCAAAAGUCUUUUUGAUACUCUCCACUGCCUGCAAUGCGCAAUGGUUCAACAACUCGCAUGGUAAUAACGACUGCUCAAGCAGCAAUAAAAAUGUAAUUUUUCUUUCCCCAGUUUGAGGAAGAUUAAUUUCUUCCUUGGUGCAAUGUGAUGAUUGACGAAUAAGGGAGGGGGGGAAGUGCAAUUACCAUUUUAUGAUGUUGAUCUCUUCUAUAGUUGCUCUCGUGUUUUUCGUCCACCGGGUAUAUCUUUUUGUGUCGUAUUUAUUUUGGCAAAAUAUUUGCUUGUUAAUUUCAUCCUCGUCCCCUUUUUCCCAGUAAUUUUAUGAUGCCCAUCUUAUGUCACUUUAAUUAUAAAUCACUUUUUAUUUAUUUAAAAAGAAUUGCUCAAUAAAAUGUGUUUUAACAUGCUGUAUUCGUACGUUUGUGGAGGCAGUAGAAUGUUUUUUUGUUUUGUUUUUUCUUUUAAGGGAGCUGGCUCCUUGCAUUAAGUCUUGAGCUUUAGAUGUAAGCAUUCCCUUUUAUUAUCCUGUUCAGUGAGAUGUGACACAUAGAUGAGCGGGGUUUUUUUUUUUUUUUUUUUAUAAAUGUACUUUGCUGCUUUGACUCGUCAUGUCUGGGCGAGGGAGGGAGGGAGGUUGGGGAGCACGAAAACGUAACUUGCACAAAGCUACAUUUGUUUACUACUGACUGGACUUGAACAUAUUUGAUGACUGUCCCCCCCCCCCCCCCCCGUCUUUAAUCAUUCCACAAGUUUGUGUGUGAACGUCACUUUGGAAUAGUGUAAAAGCGACAUGAAAAAAGGUCCUCCUGUUUAUUUUAAACUAAAACUAGAUGGGGUUUUUUUUCUGUUCCCAUGUUUGAACAAAAAGUGUAAAGAAUUUAAAACAACCAAAUAAAAGAUGCUUUUCAAGGUU